AUGGUCAAUAAGUGCCUGAAUGUAGAGGAAGGUAGAGGGAGUUUGAAGGCAGCUUUUAAGGGAUGUUGUGCAUGUGUCGAUAGGACACCACCAUCAACAUGCAGACGACACAGUUCUGUGUAUGGUCUGAGUGCUAAUUAUGAUGUUACUGAGACACUUGAUGAGCCUAUCAGUUGUGCUAGCUAUCAUAGUUACACCUAUUCUACGGGUGAACAUUAUGAUGGAUCUCGUGAAGGUAAUACUAGACAUGGAUGGGGUACAUACUUCUAUGCUAAUGGUGAUGUAUAUUCGGGUAAUUGGUUUCGUAAUAUUAAAUCUGGUUGGGGUAUAUACCUUAGACAUGGUGGAGAGAAGUAUGAGGGUACAUGGAGUUAUAACAUGAAACAUGGUUUAGGAUGUCUAGUACAUCGUAAUGGUACUAGAUAUGUUGGUCAGUUUGUGGAUGAUGUUAAACAUGGAAGAGGUCUAGCAAUGCAUCGUAAUGGGUUCUCCUCCUC